CACACGCUGUUUGUGAUGGCUGAUGCUGGGCUUGUUUACUUCCACUCUUAACCUAAAAUAUACAGGGUGUCUCAUCAUGAAUUGAAUGUACAUUGCGAUUGCUGCAGCAUUAAUUGUACGCUUUGUUUAAUCUUGUAUACUUCAGACUGGUUACAUGUGACGGCUGAACCUCAAAACCACAUAAAGAUAGAGUGGUUAUUUAGCUUCCUGCUAGCUAAGGCUUAAUUGAAGAUGGGUGGAGCGUGUUCCAAAACUGCAGAGUUUAGUCCAACGAGAGCCUCUAGAACAACUGAUGCUGCUUACCAGCCUGUUGCAUUGAAGGAGCCUGCUGCUGUCAGUAAUCAUGCUGCUGGAAAUAGUUCUUCUCUGUCAGCUUCUGUAGAUGUGUCCACUAACAAAGCACCUGCAGCUUCUCCUGUUGCACCUGUUAAACUUGAACCAUACAAGCCAUUGCCAAAGUCAGCAAGUGUUGAAGCCAUAGUUUGUAACUUUGAUGAUUUGAAGGAUGGAGAGAUGCGUGAAGUGGAUGUUGGGCCUGGCAAGGCUUUACUUAUCAAGGAAAGUGGCCAGUAUAGUGCAGUUGGACACAAGUGCACCCAUUAUGGGGCUCCUCUUGUCAAAGGUGCCUUGUGUAAUGGUCGUGUGCGGUGUCCGUGGCAUGGAGCUUGUUUCAGUACACAGACAGGAGACAUUGAGGACUUCCCAGGAUUGGACUCCAUUCCUAAAUUUGAUGUGAGAGUUGAUCCAAAGGGCCAAGUCAUCAUUCAUGCUGACAAGCGAAGCUUGGAGAAAUUCAAGCGAGUGAAAUCCAUGUCAUGUCAUGAACCCGAGGAGGAUAGGUCAACUAUAUUAAUAAUUGGUGGUGGGCCGGCAUCUGUAACGUGCGCAGAAACUCUCCGACAGGAAGGAUACCAAGGUCGUGUUGUCAUAGCAACCAAAGAGAAGAGUCAUCCGUAUGAUCGGCCUUUGUUGAGUAAAGCUAUGGACAUCAAGGUGGAGAAUAUCCAACUUCGGGAGAAGGACGUAUUCACAGUUUAUGAUAUUGAGGUUCUUACAGACAUGGAGGCCAAGUCAAUUGAUUCUGUGCUGAGGUGUGUUGUAUUUAAUGAUGGGAGUUGUGUCAAUUUUGACAAACUGCUCAUUGCUACUGGUGCGAGACCACGUGUAACGAUGCUGCCUGGCCAUGAUUUGAAGAAUGUCUUCCAGCUGAGGUCUAUAGAAGAUGCCAACACAAUCGCUAGCUCUUCAAAGGGCAAGAACGUUGUGAUUAUGGGAGCUUCAUUCAUUGGUAUGGAGGUGGCAGCCUACCUUGCUGGGAAAGCCAAGUCUGUGUCAGUGGUUGGAAACCACACUGUGCCAUUCCAGAUGACGUUAGGAGAGAAGAUAGGACAAGUUUUACAGCGUCUUUUUGUGGAGAAGGGAGUUAAAAUCUAUAACGAAAGUGGUGUGACUGAGUUCUGUGGGGAGGAUGGUAUCAUUACGGGUGUGGUCAUCAAAUCUGGAGAAAAGCUUCAAGCUGAUGUUGUUGUCAUGGGAAUAGGUGUUGUACCCGCGUCCGACUUUCUGUCUGGUACUGGUGUUGAGAUGGUUGGCCCUGGCUAUGUGGUGGUUGAUAAGGAAAUGAGAACAAAUAAGAACAACAUUUUUGCCGCUGGUGAUGUCGUUCAGUUUCCUCUUGAUAUGUGUGGUGCUUCAAAAGUCAGCAUUGGACAUUGGCAGAUGGCUCAUGCCCAUGGUCGCACUGCCGCCCUGAAUAUGCUUGACCAGAGAGUUGAAAUCCACACAGUGCCAUAUUUCUGGACGCAGGUGUUUGGGAAAAGUAUCCGUUACACAGGUUAUGGUGGUGGCUUUGAUGAUGUCAUCAUACAUGGUGAUCUGGAGGCCGCCAUAGAUAACUUACAGUUUGUGGCAUAUUACACCAGGGGUGAGGAUGUGAUAGCUGUUGCCAGUCUCAAUGCAGACCCAAUUGUCUCGCAAGCAGCUGAAUUCUUCAAUACGGGUAAAACAAUGAUUAAAGACGACAUCAGUGGUGAGGACCAUAAGGACUGGAUCAAAAGGCUACGAUAGUAUCUACAUGUACAUAUCAAGCCAACCUCCUCUUUCUGCCCAGGCUGCAGAGAGAUUCCUUAUGACUAGGCCACGCUUCUGUGUUUGCCAAUGUCAAUUGUAAGAUAUUGGUACAUUAAAGGGGAUCGUGGGCAGGAGCUCUUGUUCAUAAAUCACUUGGUACACGUGUGAUUUAUCUUGCUGAGAGACCUGUGACAAACUGUACAUAACAACGUGUCAGCUGUGAUGGGAAAAUGUGACGAGUCAAUGAUUGUUAAUGUGCCUAUUAAAGGUACAGUAACAUGUAGAAUGUAACGUUAUACAUGUACAUAGUUAUUAAUCAAAGUUAUUUUACCAGUAAAAGUACCAAUACAGUUGUACAUCUGCGAUGUCUUCCAUAUAUCUGUAAAUGUGUAAAUCUGUGCAUGUUUUAGCAAAAAUAUGCUGUGUCAUUUGUAUACUCGACUCUAAAGUUAACUUAUUUUGUUGUCAAGUUGUAACUGAUCAAACAUUUUCUGGCUUUUUAAAUCAAAACCUUUCUGUGUAAACUAAUUGAUAUCAUUUUUAAAUGAGUAUGUUAUUUUGUGAUUAAGCCAUUUGCAAGGUCUGUGUCGGAGGUCUGCUGGUAAAGCUGGAUAUACUUUUGGUCAAAUUGUUGUGCAUUUAUGUUUGUUUGUUUUUUGAGCUGAGAAAAUAUGUUAGUAUGUAGUAUACUAGACUAAAAACCAACUCUGAGAAAGAGACUGCAUGAUUUAGAGUAUAUUAUUAGCUUUAAUGUCAAGGGACUAGAUUUUAUAGAUAUCUUAUACAUUCGUUUAUAUCUGUGUUUGUCAUUUAUUACUUCAUUCAUCAUUCAAAUUAUUCCUUAAUUAUGCAUAUCUAUAGCAUUUCUGUGAUUUGUGAUUCAUAUCUUUUGUUAUUUUAUUUCACCUUAAUUUGCAUCAACUAUUUAUUGGGUUGUUUAUCUGAAUUGUGCUUUAUAUUUUGCAGAGGGCAUCUUGUCCAAUUUUAACCAUGUAGACAAUCAAGAUUAUAUUGCGGUUUUGGAUUUGAUAAUGAGCAUUUGUAACACCUUCCUAAGCCUUGUCAGGAUUUCAAAAGCUGGGUCAUUUUCCAAAAUUACAAAGACAAGGUGAUAACAUGAUCCAAUAUGAGAAUAAAGUUCAGCUCAAGAGUGUAUCCGUGUAACAGCUAUAUUCUGGGCAUCAGUGAUCACUUUCUGUCAUGUCUGUGCCCGAUUGUUCAUGUUUUGAUAUUUUUGUAUUGAAAAUAAAGUCUAUAUUAC